GGGGUUCCAUAUGGAUGAUCUGAUAAAGCUAGAAUAUCUAUCAAUUAAUAACAAUUUCAUAAGUUCAAUAAAAAAACAUGACUUUCAUGGAUUGCACGUUUUACAGUUUCUAGAUGUAUCUUAUAAUAAUAUUUCUCAGAUUGAAUCUUACUCUUUUAAAGGUAUGGGUGAAUUAGAUAGUUUUGAUAUAUCUAAGAAUUCUUUAGGAAACCAAUUGGAUGAUAAUGCGUUUUAUGGGUUAAAUUCCUUGCCCGUCCUCGAUAUAUCUUAUAGCUCCCUAACUGUUAUUCAUAAUAACUCUUUCAAUCGAAUGUUCAAUCUGCAUACUCUUAACAUAUCACACGGGGCUGUUACAGAGAUCACUCAUAACGCUUUAAUAAAUACUGACAAUAUAAACGUACUCGAUUUAUCCUAUAAUAUGCUGAAACAUUUUGACUUGAAUUCAACGUCAUUACUUAAAUUAAGAGACUUGUAUUUAAAUCACAAUUUGAUUUCUUUCAUUUCACAUAAUACUUUUGCCGGCAUGCAAUUGUUAUCCAGAAUCGAUUUAUCAUAUAAUGACAUAAAACAAUUGCAAGACACAUUAUUUUUGAGCUGUAAAGAGAUCUCCUAUUUAGAUAUAUCCUAUAACAAGGGAAUUGAAUUAAAUAUUUCUUUAAUUGGUAACUUAUCUUUUCUAGAAAAAAUUGUACUGUCAGGUUUAACGAAAGCUUUAAAGUUCGAUAGUAUAGCCAAUUCACAUUUGAUUGAAUUAAAUUUGUCAAAUUCUAGUAUAAGCAACGUUACAUCUCUUCAAAUUAAAAAUUUUCACUAUCUCAAAAUAUUAGAUGACGGUAAUUAAUGAAAAGAUAGCAAUAAUGAAUAAGACAAUGAACAAAUCUCUUGAACAUAUUACUUCAGAAUUAGAAAAGCACUCAAAUUCAGUGCUUUUUACAGAGAUUUGUAUGGGAUUACUGUUGACAGUUGUAUUGUGUUUUACAGCGUAUAAAAUUUAUGAAUCUGUUGUAUUGACACCUAAACGAAGAUCCUACAGUACGCAUGAAAUAGUUGUCCCUAUGGAUAACUCCCAUAUGUGAUAUUUGUACGUUUUUUCAGACUGACCUAAUGUAAGAAGCAUUUCAAUGAAUUUGAAUGUAUGUUAGUUUUUGUUACGUUUGGGUAUUAAUGUAGGUUCAAAUUGUGUUGUUAUAGUUAUGCACAAUAAGCACACACAGCACAAUACUAUGUUUAGUUUUCGUUUUUAUAUAUCAUGCCUGAUACCUGUAAUCUGAAAAAUUUGUAGUAUUUUUGUUUGCUUUUUAAGUAAAUAAUGAUGUAAAAAUCAUAUUCAAAAAUAUGUAAAUAGAAAGUCGCUCGAACUGACUACGCCCAGGUAUAGUUUAUUGUAUGUUAAGAAAUUUUGUAUGUUUUUGAAAAUAUAUUAUAUUUUUGAACGC